GUGCUCAUUCUCGGAGUCAACUUCCACGAGCAGAAGCUCGUCAGGAAAGCUCUCGAGAGCUUCUGGAACCUGGGCCCCCAAAAGUCGGCGCGUAUCCUGGCCAAGUACUGCAUUCACCCCAUGGCCAAGCUGGGCACGCUGCCCCCAAAAACCAUUACUGCUCUGACAGCCGAGCUGUCAACGAUGAACAUCGAGAACGAGGCGAAGAAAGUCGUGCUGGACAACAUUAGGAGACUGAGGGAUAUGGGAACAUACCGCGGCCGUCGUCACGCCAUGCAUUUGCCCGUGCGCGGUCAGCAAACAAAGAACCAAACAGAGACCGCACGGAAGCUCAACCGGAUCGAGAGGAGGUUAUAG